CGCCAUGGGCCGGUCGUGGGGGCGGGGCGGAAGCGCUUCUGGGCAGCGGAGCCCAUGUCUGCCCUGAGGCGCUCCGGUUACGGCCCCAGUGACGGCCCGUCCUACGGGCGCUUCUAUGGGCCGGGGAGUGGGGAUGUGCCCGUGCACCUCCCUCCACCCAUGUAUCCGCCUCUUCGCCCCGAACCUCCUCAGCCCCCCAUUUCGUGGCGGGUGCGCGGGGGCGGCCCGGAGACCACCUGGCCCGAAGGCGGAGGCGGCGAUGGCUACUAUUCCUCUGGGGGCGCCUGGCCGGAGCCUGGUCAAGCUGCUGGAAGCCACCAGGAGCAGCCACUAUAUCCUGGCUACAAUCCUAAUUAUUGGAAUUCUGCUGCACGACCUAGGGCCCCAUAUCCAAGUACAUAUGCUGUGAGACCAGAGUUACAAGGCCAGAGUUUGAAUUCUUAUGCAAAUGGAGCAUAUGGUCCACCAUACCCGCCUGGUCCUGGGGCAAAUGCUGCCUCCUACUCUGGGGCUUAUUACACACCUGGCUACAGUCAGACUGGGUACUCUGCAGACGUUCCAGGCGCUUACCGUUCACCAGGCAGCAGUUCGAGCCCUGUCUCCCGUUGGAUGUACACGCAGCAGGACUGUCAGAAUGAAGUACCGCCUCUUAGGGCACAGGUUCCAGGAUAUCCUGCUUCACAGAACCCUGGAGUGACAGUGCCUCAUUAUCCUUAUGGGGAUGGUAAUCGUAGUGUUCCACAAUCAGGACCUACCGUUCGGCCACAGGAAGACACAUGGGCUGCUCCUGGCGCUUAUGGGAUGGGCACCCGUUACCCCUGGCAUUCGGCUGCACCUUCGGCACCACCUGGGAAUCUCUACAUGACUGAAAGUACUUCACCAUGGCCUAGUAGUGGCUCUCCUCAGCUACCUCCUUCCUCACCACCGCAGCAGUCCAAGGAUUCCUCAUACCCCUAUAGCCCAUCUGAUCAAGGCAUGAACCGGCAGAACUUGGGCUGCAGUGUCCAUCAGUAUGAGUCGCCGGGGACAGUGAAUGAUGAUCAUUCGGACCCUCUGGAUUCCCAAGUGCAGUACAGUGCCGAGCCCCAGCUUUAUGGCAACACUUCCAGUGAACAGCCCAGCAGUCAAGAGCAGAGUGAGAGUCUCCCUGAAGAGCGUUUACUUUCUGCUGAAAGUACUCCGCCAAGUAUUAAAAAAAUCAUCCAUGUGCUGGAGAAGGUCCAGUAUCUGGAGCAGGAAGUAGAAGAAUUUGUAGGAAAAAAGACAGACAAAGCAUACUGGCUUCUGGAAGAAAUGCUGACAAAGGAACUUUUAGAACUAGAUUCUGUGGAAACUGGGGGCCAGGACUCUGUCCGGCAGGCCAGGAAAGAGGCUGUUUGCAAGAUCCAGGCCAUACUGGAAAAAUUAGAAAAAAAAGGGUUAUGAAAAGAUUUAGAACGAAUUAGAAGCCUGUUACUUGGCCAAAGAACUCUUGAUUUUGGUUAGUUAUUGAUGUUUUGAAAUACCUGUUGAUGACAAGAAGCAAUACAUUCCAACUUUCUUUUGAUCUGAAAUUUGAAAAACUGGCAAAGGAAUAGAAAAGUGUUUCAGAUAUGAGUCUUUCCGGUGUUCAGACGAUGAAUGUAAUAGGAAACUGUGGAAUUACCAGUAUUGCCAAGUAGACUCACUUCUUCUUAAGAAAUACAUAGAUAUGUUUGCAAGCUGCUUCUUACCAUCAGGAAAGAAAAAUACUUUAUGUAACAGGCUGUCAAGAACCUAGGAGAGGAAACUGGAUAUAAUCUGAGACAAACAGGUUCUGUUUUUGUAAACAUAAAAAUAAGUUGUCACAUUUUUGUACAUGUGACUGCUUUGAGCUGAGCACUUCAUGUGUAAAUUACAGCUUAGACUUUAGCCUUCUUGGACCUCUGUUUUGUUUUGUUAUUUGAGUUCACAAAUAUAGUAUUAUUCUGUACUUCGUA